AACCUAAGAACGUAUAUGCAUGUAUUGAGUAUUGAGUGCGGGGGAUGGAAACCAGAUUCAGGUUUAAGGUUCAGUUUACUCCAGGUGCGGGUGGGAACCAUGUAUCUUAGAGUUAUACUCGCCUUGUCAUUUUUGGUACUAUUGGUCCAGUCUCAGAGAAGACGUAAACCAGAUUUUGACGAGGAUGAAGAGAGAGAUAUGAAUGGAGUUGGGAGGAAUUAUAAAGAUGUUGGAGUGUUUCCUUUCCCACGCGGAGACACUCCAGUCUUCCAUUUCGACCAGGGAGAUGAGGGUUUCAUCAAGACAAUCCCAGAUUUGAUCGAAGGUUUGGAUAAGAUCCGUGGUAUAGUGAAUACGCAGAGAAAAAUCACUCAAGCAUUUGGCGAGGGAUUUGACCAGUGUGAGUCCUGUGGGUAAAAUCUAGACUAGUGUUAACUUUAUUCAAUUAUAAAAACUAAUCAAGUGUCUAUAUUGUAAUAAAAUAAAUGAUAAGUAUAUA